AUGGUAGACGAAAAUGGAACGAUAAAAUAUGCGUGCGCCACUUGCGGCAAGUUGUAUUUGUCAAAGCGAUCGCUCAGCAAUCAUAAAAACUACGAGUGCGGACAACCGCGCAAGUUCGGCUGCGACAUAUGCGACAACCGUUUCAUGUGUCAGAAGAAGACCGGUCUUUGCACGAACAUGAACAACGGCAGAGCUGUGUACAAGAAUAAACCUUCAAAUUCUCGUUCUACUUCUUUCAAGAAGCGCUUCACUUGCAAACUAUGCAACAAAAGUUACAAAUAUAACAGUAGUCUGACACGUCACGAGAAGUUCGAAUGCGGCGGCAAAGAACCGUUGUAUUUCUGCCCGAACUGCAAACACGGCUUCAGUCAGAAGAGUAACCGCGAUCGUCACAUCGCCAAAAAAUCCUGUCCAAAGAGACGAAAAAGACACACCGUCGUUUCCGCGACAUCUCCGUACUCAUCGCACUUGAUCACGCCCUUUCAUUCGAUUACAUCCGAGCUCCGUAAAUUGAUGCACAACAUGAGUCGUCAAGCGAACGAUCUCUCACUGUCCGGCAAUCUUUGA